GGUCCCUCCCCGCUUCACCUCCCCCCCCCCCCGCCCCCAGCUCGAAGGGGUCUUGCGGGGUUUGGCGCGGUGGAGGGGGCCCUCCCUGCCCCGGAUCCCCCCCCCUUCCUCCGGCUCUCGGCGGUAACUUGGCGGGGUCCGGGCUCCCCUGAAGAGACCCGCCCAGCUGUGUGGACUUUGUGGGGCUCCCUCGGCCCCGGAGGACAGCUGGGGGUGGCGAGCCUCCCUGAAGAGACUCUGCGAUUUACCCCUUCCUCCUCCCCCGAAAGGACUGGGGAUCGGCCUCUGGGAGACUCCUCCAUCCUUCCCCGAAGAGACUUCGAGGGUCACCCGCAAUUUCCUCCUUCCACCCCUCUCCCCUCUCCCUCCUUUCCCCACGGAAGGAUUUUUAGCCAACGGAGGAUAUUUUGGUUUCGCCCUGUCUGCGAAGAGUAUUUCGUUUUGGGGAGGGGGGCUUUCCACAGGGGAAUUUAGUCCCUCGCUGGGCUGCUAAGGAGACUUUUGCGGCCUUUCUCUCUCAAGGAAUACCUUCCCCCCUCCCCUGCCCCCCGCAGAUGUGGUUUUGGGGUACACCCCAGGAAAUUUUUCUUGUCCUGCCUUUACGAAUUCUUCAGACUCGCUUUGCUUCUGGCCCCUGAAGUUUGUUUUUAUGAUUUUAAAUUUUAAUUUAUUUGGAAUAUUUUUGGAGCAGGGGAGAAGAAUCUGACCCCCCCCACACCCUGUUGCCCUCGGACUCCGAAGAGACGAGCCUGGAUUUUUCUCUCUCCCACAGCCAAUCCUUCCCAGUCAUUCCACAAUUUGCCCCUUUCUCAUCUGAUGACUAAAGAAACAGGAGGAAGAGGAGGGAGGUUUCUGGAUUAAUUGCCCCCACUGGAUUAUUUAUUUUAUCCUACUUCUCUUGCUUGGCAUCUGAGAAGAGAGGAAGGAGGGAUGUCAACUGAUUUUUACCCCUAGCCCCCCUGGAUUAAUUACCCCAUUUUUAUUCUCUUGUUGGAUCAAUUACCCCUUCACCUUACCUCCUCUCCCUCCCCUCCUUAUGCGAAUGAGAAGACAAGAGGAACAGGGAGGAUUUUGAUCUUAAUCUCCCGUCGUUGGAUUACUUACCACCUCCCUCUUUCUGUUCUCCCCUUCCACGGUGGCUUUACCCCCCCGUUUGAUAUCCAGAAGAGAAAACGUUCCGAGUUUCUCUUAAAAAAAAUUUUUUUUUUAAAUUUUUUUUAAUAUAUUUUUUUACCCCCCUCUCUGAUACCACUCUCCUCCUGGGUUAUUUAUCCUGCCACUAUUUCGCGUGCGUGUGUGUCUGUAUGUAAAUCCCUUAUUUAAUUGUAUUAUUAUUUGUGCGUGUGCAUAGUCCCCCCUCCCCCCUUUCCCUCUCGGUGUCUGUCUCUCUCUCUCUCUCUCUCUGUGUCUGUCUCUUUCUUUCUUGUCGGAGGCUGUGGGAUAAUGGCGUGUGGGUUGUGGCUGUGAGGAUGAGUUCCUGCUUCGUGCCGAACGGGGCCAGCCUGGAGGAUUGCCAUUCCAACCUCUUCUGCCUGGCUGAUCUAACUGGGAUUAAAUGGAAGCGAUAUGUAUGGCAGGGUCCAACAUCUGCCCCAAUUCUCUUUCCGGUCACGGAAGAGGACCCUAUUUUGAGCAGUUUCAGUCGCUGUCUGAAGGCGGAUGUUCUCAGUGUUUGGCGCCGAGACCAGAGACCUGGACGCAGGGAGCUAUGGAUAUUUUGGUGGGGUGAUGACCCUAACUUUGCUGACCUUAUUCAUCAUGAUCUCUCAGAAGAGGAAGAUGGUGUUUGGGAGAAUGGACUUUCUUAUGAAUGUCGAACUCUACUUUUCAAAGCUGUUCACAACCUGUUGGAGAGGUGUUUAAUGAAUCGGAAUUUUGUACGCAUUGGGAAAUGGUUUGUCAAGCCUUAUGAGAAAGAUGAAAAACCUAUAAACAAAAGCGAGCACUUGUCCUGCUCAUUCACCUUCUUCUUGCAUGGAGAUAGCAAUGUUUGCACCAGUGUGGAAAUCAGUCAGCAUCAACCUGUGUACCUGCUUAGUGAAGAACACCUCACUCUCGCCCAGCAGUCUAACAGCCCUUUUCAAGUUAUUCUAAGUCCCUUUGGAUUAAAUGGCACGCUCACAGGGCAGUCAUUCAAGCUUUCUGAUUCAUCGACAAAAAAGCUUAUUGGUGAAUGGAAACAAUUCUAUCCUGUCACAUCUAACUUGAAGGAGGGAUCUGAGGAAAAACAAGAAGAAAUGGAUUGGGAGGAUGAUUCUUUAGCUGCUGUUGAAGUCCUUGUUGCUGGUGUACGAAUGGUAUACCCAGCAUGCUUCGUUCUAGUUCCUCAGACAGACAUCCCUGCUCCUAGUACUGUAGGGGCAUCUCACUGUUCGACUACUUGCUUGGGUGUCCACCAAGUGCCUGCUUCCACAAGAGAUCCUGCCAUGUCUUCAGUAACUCUGACUCCACCAACAUCCCCAGAGGAAGUUCAAACAGUUGAUGCUCAAUCUGCCCAGAAAUGGGUGAAGUUUUCUUCAGUUUCUGAUGGAUUUAUCUCUGACAGUACUAGCCAUCAUGGUGGCAAAAUACCUAGAAAGCUAGCCAAUCAAGUGGUGGACAGAGUUUGGCAAGAAUGCAAUAUGAACAGAGCACAGAACAAGAGGAAGUAUUCUGCUACAUCAAAUGGCUUGUGUGAUGAAGAGACAGCUGACAAGGUAGCAUCCUGGGAUUUUGUUGAAGCCACGCAAAGGACAAAUUGCAAUUGUUCAAGGCACAAGAAUCUCAAACCAAGAAAUUCAGGUCAACAGGGGCAGGCACCACCUGUGGGCCAACAACAGCAAGCAGCUCCAAAGCACAAGACAAAUGAGAAGCAAGACAAAGGGGAUAAGCCACAGAAACGCCCUUUGACUCCUUUUCAUCAUCGUGUAUCUAUCAGUGAUGAUGUUGCCAUGGAGGCAGAUUCAGCAAGUCAGAGGCUUGUGAUGACUGCACCAGACAGUCAAGUGAGAUUUUCAAAUAUCCGAACUAAUGAUGUAGCAAAGACUCCUCAGAUGCAUAAUGCUGAAAUGGCAAAUUCACCUCAGCCACCACCACUUAGUCCUCACCCGUGUGACGUAGUUGAUGAAGGGGUAGCUAAAGCUCCUUCUACUCCUCAGAGUCAACAUUUCUACCAGAUGCCGACGCCAGACCCCUUGGUUCCCACAAAAACAAUGGAGGACAGACUCGAUGGCUUGUCUCAGCCUUUUCCAGCUCAAUUUCCUGAAGUUAUAGAGCCUACAAUGUAUGUUGGUACUGCAGUGAAUUUGGAGGAAGAUGAAGCUGAUACUACUUGGAAGUAUUACAAAGUUCCAAAGAAAAAGGAUGUGGAAUUCUUACCACCUCAGCUUCCAAAUGAUAAGUUGAGAGAUGAUCCAGUAAUACCUGCUGGACAAGAAAACGUAACAUCAGUUACAGAAUUAAUGGUGCAAUGUAGGAAACCUUUAAAGGUUUCAGAUGAAUUGGUGCAACAGUAUCAGAGUAAAAACCAAUACCUAGCAGCAGUAGCAACGGAAGCUGACCAGGAACCUGAAAUCGAUCCUUAUGCCUUUGUUGAUGGUGAUGUGGAAUUCUUAUUUCCUGAUAGUAAAAAAGAUAGGCAGAACAUUGAGAGGGAAGCUGGGAAGAAACACAAGGCUGAGGAUGGGACAUCUAGUGUUACAGUUUUAUCCCAUGAAGGAGAGGAUGCUAUGUCUCUAUUUAGUCCUUCUGUCAAGCAAGAAGCCCAACGUAUUGCUGCUCAUGCUCGCACUGCAUCAACUAGCCUGUUCCAUGAAACAGACUUAGUGGUCUCUUAUACUGACCUUGACAAUCUCUUCAAUUCUGAUGAAGAUGAACUAACACCUGGAUCCAAAAGAACAGUGAAUGGCGCUGAUGACAAAUCCAACUGCAAAGAGGCAAAAGCAGGAAAUCUAGACCCACUGUCAUGCAUAAGCACUGCAGAUCUGCAUAAAAUGUAUCCAACUCCACCUUCACUGGAACAACAUAUUAUGGGAUUUUCUCCAAUGAACAUGAAUAAUAAGGAAUAUGGCAGUAUGGACACUACACUUGGAGGAACAGUACUUGAAGGGAAUAGCUCCAGUGUGGGAGCUCAGUUCAGAAUUGAAGUAGAUGAGGGUUUCUGCAGCCCCAAACCUGCUGAAAUAAAGGAUUAUUCUUAUGUUUAUAAACCUGAGAAUUGUCAAGCUUUAGUGGGAUGUUCCAUGUUUGCACCACUGAAGACGCUUCCCAGUCAGUGUCUUCCUCCCAUCAAACUGCCAGAAGAAUGCAUUUAUCGCCAGAGUUGGACUGUGGGAAAGUUGGAUUUACUUCCUCCUGGACCUGCCAUGCCAUUCAUCAAAGAUGGUGAUGGAAGCACUAUGGAUCAAGAGUAUGGCCCUGCAUACACACCACAAACUCAUACUCCAUUUGGGAUGCCACCAAGUAGCGCACCUCCCAGUAACAGUGGAGCUGGAAUUCUCCCUUCUCCUUCCACCCCUCGUUUCCCAACUCCUAGAACACCAAGGACUCCUCGAACACCUCGUGGAGCUGGUGGACCUGCAAGUGCACAGGGUUCAGUCAAAUAUGAGAACUCUGAUUUAUAUUCACCAGCUUCCACACCGUCAACAUGUAGACCGCUUAAUUCUGUUGAACCUGCAACUGUGCCUUCUAUUCCAGAGGCACACAGUCUUUAUGUGAAUCUCAUCCUCUCAGAGUCUGUAAUGAAUCUCUUCAAAGACUGUAACUUUGACAGCUGCUGCAUAUGUGUUUGCAAUAUGAACAUCAAAGGUGCUGAUGUUGGAGUUUACAUUCCUGAUCCAACACAAGAGGCCCAGUAUAGGUGUACCUGUGGUUUCAGUGCUGUUAUGAAUAGAAAAUUUGGCAACAGUUCUGGCCUGUUUCUUGAAGAUGAAUUGGAUAUUCUAGGACGUAAUACGGAAUGUGGCAAAGAAGCAGAAAAACGCUUUGAAGCUCUCAGAGCUACUUCUAUUGAACAUGGCAGUGGAGGACUGAAAGAACCUGAGAAGCUGCCUGAUGAGUUAAUACUGUUGCUGCAGGAUCAAUGCACCAACUUGUUCUCACCAUUUGGAGCAGCAGAUCAAGAUUCCAUUCCCAAAGUUGGUGCAGUUAGCAACCUGGUACGUGUAGAAGAAAGGGAUUGUUGCAAUGACUGCUACUUAGCCUUGGAACAUGGACGGCAGUUCAUGGACAAUAUGUCAGGAGGGAAAGUCGAUGAAGCACUUGUGAAAACUACUUGCUUGCACCACUGGUCAAAAAGAAAUGUUGUGGAUGUGAGCAUGCAGUGUUCCCAGGACAUCCUUCGUAUGCUCCUCUCACUCCAGCCAGUUCUUCAGGAUGCAAUUCAGAAAAAGCGAACAGUCCGGUCUUGGGGUGUGCAAGGCCCCCUCACGUGGCAACAGUUUCACAAAAUGGCUGGCAGAGGCUCUUACGGAACUGAUGAGUCCCCGGAACCACUGCCAAUCCCAACGUUUUUGUUGGGAUAUGAUUACGAUUUUCUGGUGCUGUCUCCAUUUGCAUUACCUUAUUGGGAGAGGCUGAUGUUGGAACCUUACGGAUCUCAAAGAGAUGUUGCUUAUGUUGUGGUGUGCCCUGAGAAUGAGGCUCUGCUGAAUGGAGCAAAAAGCUUCUUUAGGGAUCUGACUGCAAUAUAUGAGUCAUGCAGGCUUGGUCAGCACAGACCUAUCUGUAAGUUAUUGCCUGAUGGGAUCAUGAGAGUUGGACCUACUGCUUCAAAGAAACUGUCUGAGAAGCUGGUCACAGAAUGGUUCUCACAGACAGCUAAUGCCAACAAUGAAGCAUUUUCCAAACUCAAACUAUAUGCCCAAGUUUGCAGAUACGAGCUGGGUCCUUAUCUUGCUUCUCAGCCUUUGGACAAUUCUUUACUUUCCCAAACAAAUCUGGUCCCUCCCUCUAGCCAGCCGGCCUCUGCUCUGCCCCCAGUGACGGCUAACACUGGAAAUCCUAACACUCCAUCGUCUGCUCCUGCAGCUCCCACCAGUAGUACUAUGACAGCGACAUCAAACAGUGCCAUGCCUUCUGCAGCAACUACAGCUAAUUCAACGUUGACUACCACUGCCCCAUCAUCCUCUUCUGCCAAUGUAGGCAGUGGGAUACCAACAAGCAAGCCUUCUUCAUUUCCACCUUUUAGCAGUAUGAACAAUACCACUUCUGCCUCUCUGCCCACUCAGGCUGCAACAGUCCAAAAUGGACAAACAGGAGGACAGCAGCAACAGCCAACACUGCAAACAGCAGGGAUGUCUGGAGAUGCUACUUCAACACCUGCACAGCCCCAUCCAGAGGUUUCUGAAAGCACUAUGGAUCGUGAUAAAGUUGGAGUCCCUACAGAUGGAGAUUCACAUGCUAUCACCUAUCCACCUGCAAUUGUAGUUUACAUAAUUGAUCCUUUUACAUAUGAAAAGAAGGAUGAGAACAGUAGCUCAUCUAGUUUGUGGACACUUGGACUUCUGCGCUGCUUUUUAGAGAUGGUUCAGGUUCUUCCUCCUAACAUCAAGAAUAUAAUUUCUGUGCAGAUUGUUCCAUGUCAGUACCUUCUACAACCUGUGAAACAUGAAGACCGGCAGAUUUACACUCAGCAUUUAAAAUCUUUGGCAUUUUCAGCUUUUACUCAGUGUCGAAGACCUCUUCCAACUUCCACCAAUGUGAAAACGUUAACUGGCUUUGGCCCAGGUUUAGCCAUGGAAACUGCUCUUAAGAGCCCUGAUAGACCUGAGUGUAUUCGACUAUACACCCCUCCUUUUAUACUGGCUCCUGUAAAGGACAAGCAAACAGAACUAGGAGAAACUUUUGGAGAAGCUGGCCAGAAGUAUAACGUACUUUUUGUAGGCUACUGUUUGUCUCAUGAUCAAAGAUGGCUUCUUGCAUCCUGUACAGAUCUCUAUGGAGAACAGUUAGAAACUUGCAUAAUUAAUAUUGAUGUACCAAACAGAGCUCGCAGGAAAAAGGGCUCUGCCCGCAGACUUGGUCUUCAGAAACUCUGGGAAUGGUGCUUGGGACUUGUGCAGAUGAGCUCUUUGCCAUGGAGAGUUGUAAUAGGCCGUUUAGGAAGAAUAGGACAUGGGGAAUUAAAAGACUGGAGUUGUUUGCUGAGUCGCCGAAACCUUCAGUCCCUUAGUAAGAGACUAAAAGACAUGUGCAGAAUGUGUGGUAUCUCUGCUGCAGACUCUCCCAGCAUUCUCAGUGCUUGUUUGGUGGCAAUGGAACCACAGGGGUCCUUCAUUAUUAUGCCAGAUUCUGUAUCGACUGGCUCUGUAUUUGGACGCAGCACCACUCUAAAUAUGCAGACGUCUCAGCUGAAUACCCCACAGGACACAUCAUGCACUCAUAUACUUGUGUUUCCCACAUCUGCAUCUGUGCAAGUAGCAUCGUCAACUUACACCACUGAAAACUUGGAUCUGGCCUUUAACACAAACAAUGAUGGAGCAGAUGGAAUGGGAAUCUUUGACUUGUUAGACACUGGAGAUGAUCUUGAUCCUGAUAUUAUAAAUAUUCUUCCUGCAUCCCCUACUGGAUCCCCUGUACAUUCUCCAGGGUCCCACUACCCCCAUGGAGGUGAUAUGGGCAAGGGUCAAGGUACAGAUAGAUUGCUUUCAACAGAAUCUCACGAUGAAGUAACAAAUAUACUGCAGCAGCCAUUGGCCCUUGGUUAUUUUGUGUCAACUGCCAAAGCAGGUCCAUUGCCUGACUGGUUUUGGUCGGCGUGUCCUCAAGCACAAAAUCAGUGUCCCUUGUUUCUUAAGGCCUCUUUGCACCUCCACGUGCCUUCAGUGCAAUCAGACGAGCUACUCCACAGUAAACACUCCCAUCCACUUGAUUCUAAUCAAACUUCUGAUGUGCUCAGGUUUGUUCUGGAACAGUACAAUGCACUCUCCUGGCUAACCUGUGAUCCUGCAACCCAGGACAGACGGUCAUGUCUCCCAAUUCAUUUUGUGGUGCUGAAUCAGUUGUAUAACUUUAUCAUGAAUAUGCUGUGAUCUUCACCUGAAUUUUGCAAGACAAAAAUGAGGAAAAGGGAUAUUUCACUGCAGGACUAAGUUAUAAUUCUUCUCAGUGCAAGUUGUUUGUGAUGGGGUAUGAAUCUUGUUACUUCCAGCAAAUAUUGUUUUGACUUGUGAGAGGGUCACCUAUUGCCCUACUGUCUUUGAGUCAUUGACUAUGGGGGACGCUUUAGAACGAUGAUCAGAAAGUGUAUUAUAACAUUUUUAGUAGCAAAAUUAACCAUUUUUCCCCAGCCACAGUAUUUGUGAAGAGUAAUGAGCCAUAGUACCCAGUCAUGGUUAAUGAAUAUUAAAAGCAUGGAGAUGAGAAGAAACAUGAGGAACAAUAAGUUUCAACCUAUGGCUUCAGAACAUCAAGAUGUUCUUGUAUUGGAUUAUAGUAUCUAGUAUUCAAAAAUGCCUGCAUCUCUUAUUUAUUGUAAGUUUUUAAAUGUAUAAAUUGUCUUAUAUUUCUUAACCUCUUUUAUAAAAAUUUUCCUAGAAGGUUUAUACUGCCUUCUUGCUUUAAAGCAAUUGGUCUAAAAUAUAUGUAAUCGUCUUAAUUAAAAGUUGCAGUAGGUUGCUUUUAGAGUAUUAUUUUUUUGUAAGGGGUGGGUGGGGACAGUAAAUUUGUAUUGUCUUGAUGUACAGUUUAAUGGGGAUAGAGGGGUUAAUGUCCAUACCAUUGUGUGUGGGGGAUUUACAGCUAAGCUGUAGUUGCAGAGUACAUGUACAGUAAUGAAGUUCACUGUGUUUAUAUAAAUUGAAAAGGUACCGGGUCUUACAGCAUUUUAUAUCACACCUUUACAGAGUAACAAUGGCAAUAUAUAAGUGAUAUUGUAGGUGGUUUAACUUGUAGUGAGAAUAAAAUGAAUAAACUCUUCAACUGAAGUUUGUGUUAUGGUUCAGGGCUGUGGCUAGAUUCUCAGAUCUAUUUCCAGUAUACAAGUUUUAAUACUACAAGAAUAUCUAUUGUGCAUUGCUGUUUACCUAGAUAUUCUUGGCACUGUGGUGACUGUAUCAUUUUCUUCCACAUUUGUGAUGAAACGUGAAUCUGAGGCGGAACACACAGAAAACUCUGAUCUUAUCCAAAGUCUCCUGUAAGGCUGAAAUUUAGCCCAGCUCUAGCCAUUUUACAAAUGCAAAAAUAGUCAAUCUUGACUUUAAGAUUGGUGUGUGUUUAACUAAAAUGUGGUGUAUAUAGAUUCUCAGUGAAUUCUGGUAUUCAGAUUUUAUUCCACUAGUAAAAAAACAGCACGAAACCCUGAACAUUUUCCUUUUUCAUGUAUUUUUGCCACUGUGGUGAAGGUCCCAAGUAUCAGUGUAUGGCCUUCCCCAUAUCCCUUUUUCAGGCUCUGGCUGGGGCACGUGCCAAGGAGGCUUAGUCCUCCCUAAGGAAAGGACUGACAAAUCACAAGGCUUUCGUAAUCGUCUCCCUCUAUCUACAGUCACCACUUUUUCUUAGUAGUUUCCUUCCUUUAUCCUAGCACAUGCCAAAUGUCUGAUGAUGCUCUAAAAUAGCCCCUAGGGGUGCUGAAGAGCAACUGCAUAUGCUUUUUUCUGGGUUCCUCAUCUGACUGCCAGAUUAAAAACUUAACUCCUGCAGUGCUCACAUGAGCCUGUUGUAAUAACCCAUGUCCUGGGUCUUAAUAUUGUCCAUCUCACUGUUUUAAACCUUUAAAGUAGCAAGUUUUAAGAUCCAUUUGUGCACCCGCUCUUAAUCCUCUACAAGGAAGAAUUCGCUUGCAUUUACAAAACUUACUGUGUUAAUGAAAAUCAUGUCUUGUAAAUGCAAAAUACCUGCCUGAGAUAAUUUUUGAUAUAGACAGUCUCCUUGAAUCAUGUAUAUAAAUAUUAGCAACUUUUUUGGUUUUGUAUAAAGAAGCUGUACAAUUGGUGAUGAAAAUUUUCAGUCAUUUCUUCAAAAUAACAUAAGUGCAAUCAGAAGUUAGCAUAUUUUGAUAAAUAGAGUUAAAAACUGGGUCUGCCCAUUACUUUGUCUUGAUAAUGGUAAUGCACUGCAGAUUAAACAGCACAUUAUUGUCUUACAGAAGGUUUCUUCUCAUUUGGCUGAGAUUUUUUUGAAGUGGAAAAGUGCUCCUAAAACUGGAAUUUUCAAAGCAUAUGUCCUUUUUUUUUUUUUUUUUUUUUUUUUAAGCUUUUUUGCUAAGUGGUCAUUUUUAACCCUGGCUCAGCUAGCCAAGUUCCAGGGGCUGGGUUUUGGUGUGGCUUUCUUUGUGUUAAAUCUGACUUGUAUGCAUAAAGGUAAGUGAAUCGGCUGCCUGAAUGUUGGUGUAACUGUAUUCUGUUACCUGGACCACAGCCUUCCCUGUGAAACUCUCCAACUGUGAAAGCUGCCAGUUUCCCACUCCCUCCCCAAAUGCAGUUAAAGUAAAUUAUAAUAUUGUAACCACUAGAAAAGAUUAGGAAGGCCAUUUCUGGAGCGAUAGUCACAGCCGGCAACAUACAUAUCAAACUUGCCAGCACCAUGGAGCCAACUACUACAUUGGGCAUACUUUCUUGUUAGCUACUUUCAUUAAACUAUUUUAAGUGCACAUAAUAGGUGGUUUAUAAAUGAAAUUGUCACAAUCCAGUACCUUGGGUUCUUUAGCAAGUACAAGCUUAAAUAUUUGAAAAUUUCAGCUAUAGCUUUUCAAAAUGGUCUUGCAAGAAAAUACUCUUCCUGGCAGUGCUCUGUUCAGUAGCUGUGGAGGUUUACCUCCUCUUGAGCAUCCAAUGAAAGAAGAAUCUGAGAUCCUUCCAUUCUGAUUAAAAAUAUGUAUUUUAACAUAGCCACUGCUGUAUUUAAGCCAUUUAGUCACCUUUGACUCACUACUGUUGGAAUCAGAUUUUUUAAAACCCUGUUGCUAGAUCAGCAGGCCGCCAGUUGUACUUGCGAACAACCCUUACACUUUCAAGUAGCUGUAACACUUAGAUCUUUCUAACGUUUCCUGAAAUAAUUAAAUGAAUUUAUAUUUAAAUCCUCAGCUAUGUUCUUACUUAGCUGUCAGUUAUGGCGCAGAUUAUUGUAUUUCUAUAUUUACCUCUGAUGGUAAUUUUAACUUCAUGCGUUGCUAUGAAGACUUGCAGAUGUCUUUAAUCAAGCACUAUUUGUUAAUACUGUAAUAUCAAAAUAUUAUGUUGCAUUAUUUUAAAGCUUUCAAAAAUAGGAGUAAAAUGUUUUAAAAAAUGCUAUUGCACCAUAUAAUUUGCUGCACAACAGUAUGGCACAGCAUAUCAGUCUGUUUUGAUAGUAAUGCUGCAUAAACAAUGUUUUGAUCUGGGUUUCUUUUGAGAAUUCGUUAACUAGGUGACAUUGUAUGACAUUACUAUCUUGACAACCUCCAGCUGGGAAGGUUUUGGUUUUGUUUUUAGUAAAGGACCCAGGACUAUGCUUCAUACUUAAAAGUUUUUUGGUUUUUGGUUGUUGUUGUUUGUUUUUUGUUUUGUUUUUUUUUUUUAAAUUACUGUUUGUGGGUGUACUUUUUUAUUUUCAGUGGAGUAAAGCUUAAUUUACAGUAAAACUGGAUUUGGGACCUACCACAAUCCUCAGGGUCACUUUUUCAGGACGUUACUAAUCUAGCUUUAGGUUUUUCCGAGUCAACUGGACGUGAGGACCUGGCCGAGCGCUUGGGUCGGGACGACACACACGCAGCCUGCGGCCUCGUUGCUGGACAUGUCACCUUCCCCGCCCCUCCCGGCACGGCUGGCUCACUCCGAGGGAGCUGUUCGACCUUCUCACACAGCCGCCACAUGCCAUGGGCCAAGUCGUCGUAUUUAUCAUGACAAAAAAAUAAAAAAAGGAGAAAAAAAAAAAAGCGAUUAAGGAACAAACACUAUUGCUGCCGAAUGCCAUAAACACUGAGUUGUACAAAUUGUGAUUGAGGAAAUGAAAAAGGUUUAUACUUUUUAAAAAAAUUUCAAAUGGAAUAAAUUAUUCAUGAAGCCUUGA